AUUAGACAUGGAGAGUCGACAGAUAAUCUGCGUUCGGUGUGGGCAGGCUGGGAAGAUGCCCCACUGUCCAAUCAUGGUAAACAGCAAGCAAGGGCAAUGGGCCAAUCCUUCACCGAAACGCGAUUCACCGCAAUCUACGCAUCCACCCUGAAACGCGCCUUCACCACCGCGCAGGCGUUGUAUGACGGGCAGAAAGACCCCAAACCCACGUUCACCUCUUCACCCCUGCUCCGCGAGCAACACUUUGGCAUAGCAGAAGGAAAGCCCUGGACAUAUCAUCGAGAAAAGGGCAUGACUCUAGAGGAACAAUUUGAUCAGGGAAAAUUCCCUGUUCUUCACCACGAUGACGAGAAAUUUCCAGGUGGGGAGAGCUUGAACGACCUUGCUGCGCGUGCAAACCGGGCAAUCGAGGAGCUGGUACUCCCGCACGUAUGGACGGCUGCAAAGGAGGGUGAGAAGGGUGUCCAUAUUGCUCUCGUCAGCCAUGGCCUAUGCAUCAGCCAGCUGAUGAUACAGCUCCUGAAGCACAACACAGAUGGACCUGAUGGUGGAGAUUACCGAGGUCUGAAGAAUACUGCUUGGAGUAGGGUGACUGUCAGUAUAAAGCAGGGACUCAAGGAGGGGGAGCGGCUGGAAUCAGUCGACGAUGCUCAAUCACCGCUAGAUAUCCGUGUGACUGACAUCGACCGUCACUCACACAUUGAAAAUAUCGUAUGCGCUCCUUUGACUGUA